AUGUCUAGAGAAUUGAUGAUUGCUGAUAAUACUGAAACUGUUGGAAACACUCCCCUCGUCCAGCUUCGCAAUAUCACCAAAGGUCUCGACGCGAAAAUUGGUGAGUUUUUUAUGGAAGCUUGGAAUCAUCUAUCAAUUAUUGGCACCUCUUCUCAUUUACGAAUCAUUGUGAAUUCCAGCUGUGAAAAUCGAAUAUUUGAAUCCAUCGAUAUCAAUCAAAGAUCGCAUAGCAAAAUCGAUGGUUGAAGCGGCGGAGAAAGAAGGAAAAAUCCAGCCGGGAAAAUCAGUGCUCAUCGAAGGAACGUCGGGGAAUCUGGGAAUCGCGUUGGCGCAUAUUGGAAAGGUUAAAGGGUGGGAAAACCGUGUUUUUAUCUCGAAAAUAACCAAUUUUUCCAGCUACAAAGUAAUUUUGGUAAUGCCAUCAGCUAUGAGUAUGGAACGUCGUGCAAUGUUGCGAGCUUACGGCGCUGAGGUUAUUCUUUCGGAUCCAAAUGAAGGUUUUAUCGGAGUCAUGAAACAUAUCGAAACUCUUGUCGCCACAAUACCCGGCGCCUUUUUUUUGAAUCAAUUAGCGAAUCCAGCAAAUCCGCUAGCUCACUAUAAAACCACAGGACCCGAGAUUUGGCGACAAACUGAAGGCAAAGUCGAUAUUGUGUGUUUUGGUGUUGGAACUUCGGGAACUCUCACUGGAUGUGGGAGAUUUCUACGCGAGAAGAAUCCGAAGAUCGGAGUUUAUGCGAUUGAACCGUUUGAGUGUUCAGUGCUAAGCGGAUUUUCUCCGGGACCUCAUAAAAUCCAGGGAAUUGGAGCUGGAAUUGUGCCGGAGAAUUUCGAUAGAAAAUUGGUGGAUGAAAUUAUUCGCAUCAAAUCUGACGAUGCUAUUGCGAUGGCUAGAAGAUUGGGAGAGGAAGAGGCGAUUUUGGGUGGAAUUUCGAGUGGUGCAAAUGUGUUGGCUUGUGUUGAAUUGGCGAAACGAGCGGAGAAUAAGGGGAAAUUGAUUGUGACCACUGUGAAUAGUUAUGCCGAAAGAUAUUGGUGAGUUUGACAGUCAAACUUUAAAAAACACUUUUUAAAAUGUUCAAAAUUGAUGAAAAAUGCAUUUACUUCACAAAACAUUGAAGUUGAACAUAAUAAAUUUCAGAAAAAUUAAAGAUAUACGUGGCCGAAUUAUUCCGGUGGCCGAGAAAUGUCGAGAAUUCGGCAAAAGCAAAAAACUCGCUCUAAUGUUGCGAAAAUUCUCAUUGUUGGAGCGCGUUGGCCGAAUUCCCGACAUUUCUCGGCCACAUAUAUCUUUCAUUUUUUCAGAAAUUUAUGUUCAACUUUAAUUUUUUGUGAAGUAAAUGCAUUUUGAGUUUCAUUCAUCAUUUUUGAAAAUCUGACAUUCAUACAUCUAAAAUUUUUUUUAAAUUUCUUCUUAAUUUUCUCUUUGUCUAUAAUCAAAUUUUUUAAUUCUUGAAUUCUGAAAUUAUAGUUUCAUUCAGACUGAAUUUCAUUGAGUCCACAAAAUUUUGAAGUUCAGAUUUUUCUGAAAGUCAGAAAUUCUUCUGCUAAAACUUUUGAAGAUUCAAAACUUCUGAACUCUUGACUCUCAGAUUUGAUUUCUAACAAUUUUAUAUUUGAAAAAUUUCAAAGUUCAAUUUUUUUUCAAAAAAUCCAAUUUUUCCAGCUCCACCGAAUUAUACUCGCAAAUUUUGGAGGAUUGCGGGAAAAUGCAAAUUGCCUCGUGUGAACAAGCCAUUGAAAUUGCCAAAAAAUACCUAGGAAUUUAA